GAAGUCAGUGUGACGACACAACAGGAUAGAUACUGCAAUAUAUAUAUAGCGAACUGUUUCCGAAUUCUCUGCAAUCCUGGGACAGUAACUAAAUAAAAAUGCGUUGGUCGUGGAGUGUACUAUGGCUGGCAGUGCUACACACGGUUACUGCGAAGGACUACGCCACGGAUGAGUCCAUAAAGGUGUUUCAACGAUACCUCCAGAUCAACACUACCUCCAAAAAUGAUCUAUCUGAAGCGGUAGAGUUCUGGAGGGCGCAGGCAGCGGCCGAGGGUGUAGAGAUGAAAGUGCUGACCUUUAAGGAGGGGUACCCGGUGCUGGUGUUGCGGUGGCCCGGCUCCGACUCCUCGCUCGGCAGCAUCAUGCUCAACUCUCACAUGGACGUCGUGCCUGCUGAUGAAGACGAAGGGUGGACCUACCCCCCGUUCUCCGGUCAUCUCGAUGAAAACGGCGUCAUCUGGGGCCGAGGCACUCAGGAUAUGAAGUCCGUGUCUAUACAGUACCUGGAGGCUCUCAAACGAUUGAAAGCCAAAAAUGUCUCUCUCCUCAGAGAUGUGUACAUGACGCUUAUGCCUGAUGAAGAGAUCGGCGGUGACUAUGGAAUGAAACCUUUUCUAUUAAGCGAUGAGUUCGCGCAGAUGAACGUCGGUGUGGCGUUUGACGAAGGAGGAUCCUACGCCCUGCCCAUCAGCCCUGUCUUCUACCAGGAUAAGGUGCCAUGGCAAAUCCAAGUGGAUUGCUACGGUACUUCGUCCCACAGCUCACAGUUCCCGGCGACUAGUGACACCGCUACUGGCAUGUGUCGCAAUGUGAUGGAUAAGUUGUUAGAGUUCAGAGACGUGGAGUACGCCAAAUAUCAGAGCACGGGACUGCUAAACCCCGGAGUUUACACAUCCGUUAACCUGAACAAACUUAAUGGUGGCACAGCCAAUAACAUUAUACCGAGCCACGUGAGUCUCGUGUUCGACAUUAGACUUAACAUUACCCUUAACGAGGAGGCCUUUGAAGCACAGCUGAACGAAUGGAUAAGUGAGGCAGCAAAUGGUGGCAAUGUCACGUUGUCGUACAUUUUGAAGGACAAACAGUCACCGGCAACUAAGACCACUUUGGAUAACCCUUACUGGACCACCCUCACAGCGGUCGCAAUAAGAAAUCUACUGCCAAUCAUUCCCAUGGUACCGCCCGGAUCAACAGACUCUCGGUUCAUCCGUCUGGCCGGCUACCCUGCCUUCGGGUUCUCCCCCAUGCCCAACACUGACCUACUCAUGCACGCAGUCGACGAGCGACUCGGCGCUCCCACAUUCCUGCGGGGCAUCGACAUCUAUGAGGAUCUGAUAAAAAGCGUCGCCAACAUAGCUGGAUACAGGACAAAUGCGGAUCCCAGUGUAUACGUCGUUAAAACUGCUCAUUGACGUUCCUGACUUCAGUGGUCCCCUCAAGAAGCUUGAGAAAUACUAAUAGUAAUUCUACUGAUUACCUAGUCUUAUACUUUAAGUUUUUAGAUAAUAUUAACAUUAAAUUACGUGGGGACCAAACAUUACGUACCUAUCUACCUAGAGAGGGCCCGUUGGCAUUAUCCAUUAUAGGUACAUACUCAAUAUUCCAGAUUUUUUUUUAUAAAAUUCGGCUAAGAAUUAUAACAAACAUUAUUAUAAGUAGGUUUGUUUAUUCAGUAAAAUAAUAAAAGUCCUGACCACUA